AUGGGAUUCGAUUAUUCUUCCCUCCCAAAGGACAUGCUGAUCAAGUCCUGGCAAUUCACCAAGACGGUCCACAGCGAUGUCUACCCUUCCGUGGACCCGACCAUGCCCGAGUUGAGCCUCGCGGGCAAAGUGGCCGUCAUCACGGGAGCCAGCCGCGGUAUUGGAGCGCGAGGUUUUGCUCCCGCCUUUGCCCGCGCCGGCGUCAAGGGCCUCGUACUCGUCGCGACCAAUGCCGCAAAGCUGCAGGCCGUGGCCAGCGAUGUGCACAAAAUCAACCCGGCGGUCAAGGUGCUGUGUCUGACGGCCGACGUCUCGGACCAGACACAGGUCGAGGCGGCGUUUCGCGAGGCCAAGAGCACGUUUGGGGCGGCGGAUAUCCUCGUCAACAAUGCCGGCGUGAGCCUCGAGACGCUAGGGUGUCACUGGGCCGACGAGGAUCCGCGGGUCUGGUGGGAUAAUUUCCGCGUGAAUAGUCUGGGAUCGUACCUGGUUACGCGCACCUUUCUUCGCGAGUUGUUGCCCGCUCGCGAUGCUCCGGCUACGGUUAUUAGUCUCACUUCGGGUGCGGCGUUGAGUAUUGGAUCUCCCUUCGUCCAUGGUUCGUAUUGUAUCUCCAAGCUGGCGGUACAGUCAAUGGCUGUGCAACUGGCCGCCGAAUGCCCAAACAUUACCUCGGUGGCCCUCGACCCGUACCUGGUCGAUACAGACAUGUUGCCAGAACACUUGCGAAUGUUUGACCGCGUGACGCCCGAGCUCGUUGGCGGCACCGCCGUGUGGCUGUCGCACCCGCACGCCAAGUUCCUCACCGGCCGAGCCAUCAUGGUCAACUGGGACGUGGAUGAAUUGGUGGCGAAAAGUGAGGAGAUUGCCAAGGGCAAGCAACUACAGAUGGAAUUCGUGGGGCCCUUUGGAGCGCACCUGUUUCAGUGA